AUGGACGAGGAGGAACAUAAAGAUCACCAGGAAGAGGAGGACCCUCAUCACUUUGCAUUUUCAGACAAUUAUUCGGAGGCCGUUCUGGGAGGCGAAAUCUCGGCCACGGUUUUUGAUGUGACAGGCAAGGUGGUCCACGUUGCACACAAAAUGACCAAGUAUGAGUUUCUGCUGGAACAUGGCCUUUACCCUCGAGACUUGAGAAACAUUGAUCCCAGCCCUGUUUCUAUUAUUCCUUCGAUUCUGGCACGAGGUCGCAAGGGAGCUGGACGAUGCAUCCUUGUCAACUUGUUACACAUUAAGGCUCUGAUUCUCCACGACAAGGUGCUUAUCUUCGACACCCAUUCCAAGAACAAAAGUGAUACUCACCGACUGGGCAUGUUUCUGUACGAGCUGGAGAACAAGUUGAAGCCGACAAUCAACCCAGAAAAGAUGCAUACGGACAUGACGGUGCUGCCGUUUGAAUUGCGAGUACUGGAGGCGAUUUUGGUCAACGUUAUGACGACUCUGGAUGGAGAACUUCAGGUGCAUCUUAAGACCCUGAACGAGAUUCUGGUGGGUCUGGAAGAUCAUGUGGACCGAGAACAGCUCAAGGAGCUGCUGAUUGGAAACAAAAAUGUGUCGCGAUUCUACCAGAAGGCUGUUUUGAUUCGAGACGUCCUGGAAGAGUUACUGGAGUCAGAUGACGAUCUACAGCAGCUGUAUCUGGGCACUCACCCGAAGGAAGGGCUUGCGGAAGUCGAGCUGCUGAUUGAGUCGUACUGCAAGCAGGCCGAUGAGAUUGUCCAACAAGCCUCCAACGUGCGAUCUCACAUUCGAUCAACCGAGGAGAUUGUCAACAUCAUUGUGGACGCGAAUCGAAACGCUCUGAUGCUGUUGGAGCUCAAGGUGACCAUUGUGACGGUCGGUUUUGCGGUCGGGGCCUUUGUGGCUGCGCUGUACGGUAUGAACUUGGAGAACUUCAUUGAGGAAACCAACGAGGGAAUGGUUCUGGUGGUGGGUGUGGCGUGUCUGGGCGGUCUGCUGGUAACGUGGUUCAACCUUACCAAGCUACAUAAGACGCAGAAGAUUGCCAUGUUCAGCAACGCCGCUACCCACACUGCCAGCAAGCCGUACAUGUUGCAGUGGAUUAUCGGUUUACUGAGAAGAAAGCGAACCAAGAGCAGGUUUGACAAUAUCGACAUGAGCAGACCAAAGAUGAAGGGCAAAAAGUCCAACAUUCUGCAUCAGUUGACCAAGAUGACGGGCAAGAGGAGAUAG